AAACAGGAAGUAGUUAUGCCUUCGCUACCGAGGAGGACGGAGCUGUAGUCAGUGAAAUAUAUCUUAAUGCCAAUGACUGGAGGCACGUUUUAUCCCUUCUAUUAUCGUCAUACUGAAGUAAGAAAGACGGCUGUCGCAUUGUCAACAGCCAUGAAGGCGUACCACCUUCUCGUGAGCAGUGACUCUCAAAUGUGAACAAUAAUAAGUUGUUAUCAGGAGCCUGCAUAUGUGUUGGGUGUAGCCGAGUUCCCGUGUGUCAGAUGUGGUAUUCGGACAGUUAUUUUAUCUCGUUCACAGCACUUCUAUUCUAGUAAGAAUCAUUAUGAACGUACUGCUGUUAAAAGAGCCAAAGGAUGACGGUUCUGAACCUGAUCCAAACAUAAAGGAACUAAGUUCGUGUGGUCUUGAAGCAACAAUGAUACCCGUGUUGGCAUUUAAGUUUGUCUCCUUAAAGGCAUUGGCAGACAAGCUCUUUCAACCGAAAAACCACAGUGGACUCAUCUUUACCAGCCCAAGAGCAGUGGAAGCCGUCAAGAUGUGCCUAGCGUCAGACGAGAAAAGAGACGGUGAGUGGAACAGGUCAGUGAAAGAUGAAUGGAAUACCAAGUCCAUCUAUGUAGUUGGAAAGGCUACUGCAACAUUAGUACGGAGUCUUGGUCUGAACCCUCUCGGUGAAGACGCUGGCACUGCAGAUGUCUUAUCGCGAGUCAUCAUUGACAGAGAGGACACAAAUAUUCCUCCGCUUUUCUUCCCAUGUGGCUCGAUCAAAAGAGAAGUCUUGCCCACUGCAUUAAGGGAAAACGGAGUUCCACUCGAAACCCUGAUUGUUUAUCAGACCAUUGAACAUCCAGAUGUGGCGGAAAAUCUAAAUAACUAUUUUGCAGAGAAGGGUAUACCAGCUAGCGUGGCUUUCUUCAGUCCAUCGGGGGUGAGGUUUUGCCUUGACGAAAUUCGGAAGCUGGCUGGUGAACAGAUAUCGCAAAUAAAGUUCGCAGCUAUAGGUCCCACCACUCGUGAUGCGUUGAUGGCAGAGGGAGUUUGUGUCAGCUGCACUGCAGAAAAGCCCACUCCUGGAAAUCUGGCUGCAGCAAUAGCCGAAGCUCUCAAGUAAAAGCUCAAACCAGACAUCAUUUUUAUUUAUUUUCUUAUUUAUGUGUUUUAUUAUUUGUCAAUUUGGUCGGGGAAAGAAACUAUGCAGCCUGAGCUCAAUAAUUCGAUUCUAAAGCGUUGCUACUCUAUGACCAGAAAUGUACAACAAGGCCUGUAAAUAUUUUAAUUUGUAUAUCUAAUAUGUUUGUGGCAUUACAAACUGUCAGCAGCACAAGUAUAGUUUGCCUCCCAUUGACAUGAUUUGAUUACUCAGCCAGAAUUAUUUUCAGGCUGACAAUGAUUUUCAGCUCAACAAACAAUUAAGUCACUUAAAAUUUGUGUUCAUGAGUAUCCAUGUUUUCUUGUUAAGAUUCCCUGGUGUUUCUUGCAUGAUGUAUGUUUUCAGCUCUGAAUAAAGUGUCACUCUUUGAAA